AUGGAAGAGGGCGCGUCCCCCCGCGGCGCCGUCCCCUCCCGGCGGCGGGCGGCGCCCGGCUGACCCCGGCCGGCCGCGCUCCUGGCGCCGAGGGGCCGCCGGCCGUCGAGGCUGACCCGGCGGGCUCGGUCCGUGAUGCUGGUCUUCCCCGCCCCGGCUCUUCCUCUCCCCGGGUCCUGGCGCUGCACGGUGCAGUAUGGAGGCUUGUGUUUCGCAUUGCUUCUUCUUUGCUUAAUCUGAAGGUCCUUUAUAGCUUUAAUUUUAAAAUAAUUACGAGAUGUCUUUGAUAUUGAUCUAUUUACUGACCUCUGUUCGUUGGCAACUAGCGCAUAAAGUUAACUGUUCUUCAUAGGCAAUGUAUUUCUGGCAGAUCUUUUCUUCAUAGGAAAAGGGGGGGGGGGGGGGUCGGGGUCGGCACACGUAAAUAACUCUGCCAAGACUGCGUAUCUCUUCAUUUCAGUGGCAAAAUAUGUAUCGAUAGAAAUAAAUGACAAAUCCUUUCCUUUUCUAAAAGACGUUUAAGAGAUUGUUUUGAAUGUGACUGACUAAAAUUUGUUGACAUAAAUAUAUUUCACAGCAGGAUAAUAACUGUCGUGGUUAGUUUCAAUGUAUUUCAGAACAUUCUCCUGGGGAUAUAAGUUAUCUGCAAAGUUAUUUCACUUCUGAUUAUUAUCGGCAGAAUAAGGCUCAGCUUUAUGAAACCAAACACUGAGUAACGUAUUUGUCAUAAUUCAGUUGCAGGUUGUCAUAAGAUGCCAAAAAGCAAAACUGUCCAGGUCAAGGAGAGCGAUGUACAGACACGGGCAUAUUUUUUCAGACCAGAUGAUUUUCAGGAUAGUUUCGUUUCAUAUUAUACAUUGACCUGUAAGUCACUUGCAGAAGUAGCGAAGUGAUGUGAAGUUAUCUUCCAAGAUGACUCUUCUACCUGGAGAAAAUUCCGACUAUGACUAUAGUGCCCUGAGCUGUGCUUCAGAUACUUCCUUCAACCACACAUUCUUUCCAGAAACAGAAACCCUUAAGGGAGUCUUUUACCAAAGAGCCAAGCUGAUUCACCCUCAAGAGGAUCUCCUGAAGGGCUUUCACCCUGACGAUCGGAAGCAUCACAUUAUUAUAAACGUAGGGGGCAUUAAGUAUUUGCUCCCAUGGACCACGCUUGAUGAAUUCCCAUUGACGCGUUUGGGACAACUAAAAUUCUGUAACAAUUUCGAUGACAUUCUAAACAUCUGCGAUGAUUACGAUGUGACAUGUAAUGAAUUCUUUUUCGACCGCAACCCAGGGGCAUUCAGGACAAUCCUGACCUUUCUGCGUGUUGGCAAACUUCGGCUCUUGCGUGAGAUGUGCGCGCUGUCUUUCCAAGAGGAGCUGCUCUACUGGGGAAUUGAGGAAGACAACUUGGACUGGUGUUGUAAAAGGAGAUACCUGCAAAAAAUGGAGGAGUUUACGGAAAUAAAUGAACGGGAGGAUGACCUCAUAGAAAAUGAAACAACAGGCGAAACAGUAGAGGAGACAAAACUUGGCUUGUGCAUGAAAAAGUUGCAAGACAUGGUGGAAAGGCCCCAGUCUGGCCUCCCCGGAAAGGUGUUUGCUUGUUUGUCUGUUUUAUUUGUGACAAUUACAGCAGUGAACUUAUCCAUCAGCACCAUGCCUGACCUGAGGGAGGAAGAGGAAAAGGGUGAGUGUUCCCAGAUGUGCUACAAUAUUUUCAUUGUGGAGUCUGUCUGUGUGGCAUGGUUUUCCCUGGAGUUCCUGCUAAGAUUCAUCCAGGCAAAGAGCAAGUUUGCGUUUUUGAGGAGACCACUGACUCUGAUAGACAUAAUAGCCAUUCUGCCAUACUACAUCACUUUGCUAGUAGACACCACUUCAGUGGGCUACAAAAAGCCCAGCUCUGGGAGCAUCUACCUGGACAAAGUAGGUCUGGUCCUCCGUAUUCUCCGUGCCUUGAGGAUUCUCUACGUCAUGCGGCUGGCCAGGCACUCCCUGGGGCUGCAGACGCUGGGGCUGACCGCUCGCAGGUGCACCCGCGAGUUUGGGCUCUUGCUGCUCUUCCUCUGCGUGGCCAUCGCACUGUUCGCACCGCUCCUGUAUGUCAUUGAGAACGAGAUGGCGGACUCGCAGGAGUUCACCAGCAUCCCCGCGUGCUACUGGUGGGCUGUCAUCACCAUGACCACGGUAGGCUACGGAGAUAUGGUUCCCAGAAGCAUUCCCGGCCAGGUGGUGGCACUGAGCAGCAUACUGAGUGGCAUCCUCCUCAUGGCAUUUCCAGUCACCUCCAUCUUCCACACGUUUUCGCGCUCCUACAUUGAGCUAAAGCAAGAACAGGAAAGAAUAAUGUACAGGCGAGCACAGUUCUUAUUAAAAACAAAGUCUCAGAUAAGCAAUGCGUCACAAGGGAGUGAUAUUUUAUUCCCCAGUAUCUCUUCUGAGGCUAGGGACAAUGAAUGAAAUUCAAGUUGCUGUUUCUCCUGAUGUCAAGUAAUGUUUUGUUGUAUCAGAUUCCAUCUUUUAAUUUGCUUUGGAAGCAUUUUACAAAGGUAACCCUCAUAUUAAAAUGAAGAAAAGGAGCUAUUAACCAGGAACUGAUGCGGUUUAAGAAGCCUAUUAUUAAGCUGUCUCUUUCCCCUCGCCAGUAUAACGUAUAGGACAGAUCUUUCACUGAGAUCAUACAGCGGGAUUUUAGGAAUUAAAAGUUCUCUGACAAAAAAAAUAAAAAGAACAACAUAUAAUUAUGUACUUGACAGGCUGUUUUGCCAUUUGUAAUACACAUUUUUUCCAACCAAAUCACAAUGUAUAUAAUCAUUAAACAGGCUGCCAUUUUUCUUGUUCUUCUUGUGUAUAAAUAAUGUAAAUACAACAAAAUUAAUGGCUAAAAUUCUCUCCCAGUAAAACGCCUUAGAGCAUAAUGGAAAUAACCACAGAUGUCUGUCCCAUUGUGCUCUUAAAGAAAACAUUAAGAUUUGUCAUUCACAACAGCAACUGUAUAUUUCUUUGCAAGUCAGCCCUAAACGUAUCAGAAAAGAACUGAGCUGUUUGUAUCAUAACCUUGCUAAAGAUGUAAAUACGUAGAGCUCACCAGCUUCAAAAUUUAAUUUACAGUGUCGAUCCUACAUCACUGAAUGCAGUAUUCCCAGGAACAAAGUCUUUGAGUUUUGUAGCAUUUAAUAUUAUUGUCAAGAGGUGACUAGCUGCAAAUCAAGUGAAAUGUGCAUGAUGAGAUGCCGGUCGUUCCCUACCAUCUGUUUCCAUGUUUUUACUUUACCUCAGAUAUGAAACAGAAUUAAAGGAGGCCUGUUUCCAGGGGACACCCUGCCAUUACUUGGCAAAUCAAUGCUGCGGCUACCCAUUCACAUUCAGCGUUUGGUUCUUUAGAAGGAGCAGAAAAUAUAUGGUCGUGGGAAGUUGCCAAUGAUGAAAAAAAGAAAAUAUCAUUUGAGUCAUGGAGUAGGGGGGUACUGACAGCUUUAUACUUUGCUGUCCUCAAUCGUGAGGGACUUAAGACUGAAUUAACUAUACCUUUGCCAUCAUUACAGACAUCAGGAAAACGGGGAAGUUUUUAAAUAGGAUAUGAAAAAGCAGUUAAGGUCCCCAAACACAACCAUGUAUUCUUCAUCCACACACGUGUCUCUGUCUAGGCUCUCCUGCUGAAGUCAGCGGGAGCACAUGGGUCAAUGAGACCCUCGGGUUUGGCACAGCUUUCUGUGGAGAUUAAUGACAGACCUCCCUUUUAUGUUAGAGGGAAUGAGGCUGGCUCACAUAAUGGCUCAGGAAUAAAACUUAAGAACUUUUAAAAAAAGAAUUAAAUCCACUUGUUUGAUUUCAUGUGCGCUUAGAGGUAAAGAAAAGCUAAUCUUCAGAGUUUCACUUUUUCCCCCGCUUUUUUAUUACAUUUACUUACUAGCAGUUAAGAGCUAGGGAAGUUUAGAAGUUCCCAUCGCAUUCACCAGUGCUUCUCUAUCCUCAUUUUCAGAAACACUAUUGCUUAUUGGCAUUUCUGGAGCAGGUUGCUAGAAAUGCCAGAAUGCAUGAUGGUUUUGCGAUUUAAAUUAAGGCCAAGGACACAAGCAUUUCCUUUCAAAAAAGGUAGAAGUAGUUCCUCAGCCUCUGCUGUUUGGCCAAGCCCACGUCACACUGGUUUUCUUUUCAGAUGUCUUUACAAUACAGUUUGAAGGUGUUCUGAUAUGCUUGUGCUUGAAGAAUAAUUUCAAAACUUGUAAAAAGCACUUUACAAAUAAUUAGGGCUCUAGCAUUCUUCAGCCUGUCAUAGGUAAGUAUGCCUAUGGAGCAUUACUGCGGAGUGCUGCAAUAUCCAGCCUAAACCCUUUGCAAUUAAUUAUGUGCCAGAGCUACAAAUGUAAAUGGCUUUUCACUCUUGUUCUUUAGCUUUAAUUAGAGGACAAAAAACAGGAACAUCGUGACAAAAUAGGGACACAUUUUCCAUCCAAAAUACUCUUAAUUUCAAAACUGUUUGAUCAUCUGUAGCAUUGGCUCCAACACAAGUGCUAUACAUCCUUCUACCUUUGUGCCAGCAUUCAUUAUAAAAAGAACUGGUAAUUAGAUUAGUCCUGUGAGCAACAGUUGCUUAUCUAAGAAUGUGUUUGACAGGCUGAGCCAUAAAUAAGAAGCUGUAAGUGAAUAUGAGGAGAAAUCAAGACUUACCAAAUAAAACCUAAGCUUAUUUCCAUGUUAGGCAGCUAAUAAAUGCUGCAGGUCCAUCCAUUUUCUCAAUGUCUUUACGUUAAGUUAAUGCUCAUUUAUUUCAUGUAUCACUUUAUAUUUUAUCCCAAAAUUAUAGCUUAAUUCUGAAGUCCUUGUCGAGAAAAAGAAAUAAAAAACUAUCACCCUGAGGUUGGGUGUUAGUUGAGCAAACCUGUGAAAGCAUCUUGCCUAUUGCAAGUUCUGCCUAAGCCAGGAGCAAAUAAGCUGUCCAAGAUGGACCCCCGUGUAAUUCUGUACUUGGCAACGCGUACUUGUAAGCAUAUCAGUAUGUUAUACCAUGAAUCACUGUAACAAACUUGCUUGUGUUUUACAGGAGGUAAUACAUACUGUAGUCCUUAUGCUAAAUAAAUCCAGCUAUACGUCUUAAGAGCACAACAUUAGUACGAAACCCACAUGCUGUGUUCCAGCUUUUACUGUGAAGGCUGAAGGUUUAAGAUGAUUAUGCCUCUUUACAGUAUAUUUUCUGAAUUUUAGUCAAAUUCAUGAAAAUUAUGGAUUGAUUCAAAAGCUGACUGUUUCCAGUGACACAGCUGACAGCUACCACGUCAACUAUCGCUCCUUUUUUGCAUUUUAACAGCAUGUGCAGUCAACAAGGAAGUUCCAAUAGAAACACUUUGUGCUUUUAUGAAGUCAAAAAGAGUUGUUUGAAUUGCCACGGGUAGAGUGGUGCACGUCUCCAACAGAGAUAGGUUUGCAUAGCUACUUACAUUAUCCCCCGUAUAAUGCAGUAAUAUGUGCAGUAUGAAUUCAAACAGCAGUAGCUGUAUUAAUGUUGAUUAAUAAAGUGCUAGGCUCUCCUUUCAUUUUCAUGCGCUUCUUAUGGCAGACAGACUGUCACACGUGCUAUAGGCGCGCUUGACAGCCCGGGGUCAAUACGGGAGAGGGCAGCAGCUGAGGGAGAAUUUGGGCUAUGAGCAUCGCUAGCUGAAGCAGGCUGGCUGUGACAGAAAGCCUUUACUAGGAAAUAAAAUUCUCAGUUUAGAAACAUCUAGGUACCAAGGUACCUAGGUAUCAGCAGCUUGUAUAGGGAAGUCUCUGUCUUGCAUGUUGUCCCGAGAAUCGCAAUCGCAGUUAAUUGGGACAUAACUUUAAAAUACUUUAACCAUUUAACCAAAGAAUGUAACAGAUUCAGAGAAGGACAGGAAGGAUCUGUGGAGAUUGAGAAAGAGAAAAAUCCCUGAUAAAACCAGAAUUCCAGGUAAGGCUGCAUAUUCAAUUUCUCCAAAAUCUUUCCCUCCUCCAUCUGCAAAAUCAAUAUCAAAAGUAACAAAAAUCACUUGGUGAGUCCAGCACUGAUAAAUGAAGACGGAGCCACAAGGCUUCUCUAACUGUACGUCAAAGAACAUAAUUUACAAGGUGAGUUGGAAUAAUUUGUAUGACACUGACAUUCAUUACAGGCCAAGGUCUUGGGGAAGUUUCUCUUUAGGGAAUAUACAGGACUUGCCUCCAUUUGUCCCUUUAAGGUUUUCCCACUGCAAUUCAACGCUCCAGAAUUCCAUAGUCAAAGGCUUUAAUAGUGUCACUGAAUAGUCAGAGUCUUUAGCAAUGUCCAAUUAAACAAUAAAAAAGUCAUGCAGAAGUGAAUCAUGGAUUUACACAUCUUCAGAUGCACGUCUGGGAAGGAAAACUGGUGUGCUCUAUACGUUCAUGACUUGCGUGGGUAGAGUUUAACCGGGUAUUGAGGCUGAUGCAAAAGCAAAGACUUUUCCUGUGGAAGGUUCUCAUUCCCGCUGCUAUAGCUCUUCUCUGUAACUAAACCAAAGUUUCAGGGGAAUCGCUGUGAAGAAAAGCCUUCCACUCUAACAGUCCUUUAGGCUACAGGCUGAGGCUCAGAGUAAAAAUUAAUUUUAGGCACUUGCCAAAGUGCCCGAAGUGGCAGCCUCGUCGUCAAAAGAUCUGAAUCACCGCUGAGAGAUGUGCAGCCUCCUCUAUUUUUAAUUUUUUUAAUAGAGGAAGCAUAGAAUGAACCAGAUCCCUAAUUCAGGUCCCACAUUAAAAGGCCAGUGUUAGGACAGAUGAAUUGGAGUCUUAUUCUUCAUUUGCACAGAAGCACCAAUAUCUCCCAGCACUAACUCCAUAUUAUUCAUCCUUUCUACAUCUCAUUUGCUGUAUGGGGACCAAGGAGUAUGAAGGAGCACAAAGAAUCCGGGCCCAGAGAGGUGUUCUUGGUCAGGGUCAGUUGGAGACAGUAAGCGGCAAAUAUAACAGUUCUUGGUAGCUCGUGCCUGACUGUGCGAUUCAUCUGUUCCAUACAAUUACUGCUGGGUUUUUUUCUUCUGUAAGAAAAAUGACUGGUAAGUUAAGAGGGAAGGAACAGAUAGUUCUUGUAUCAAAGUUACAAAGUUUCACAUCCCUCUCUCGGGUUUGCAACAGGCUGAGAACUGGACACCCUUACCUACACAGAUUUAAUUGCCUUUUCAGAAAUUAAAGAAGUGACAAAUGUGACUUUGAAGACUGUGACAUGUCUCUGCUCACGAGUCAGUCAGUGGCAUCAACCCCUAACCUGACCAGUUGACUCGGGCCCAGGUGUCAGAGAGUUUCACCAUUUUCACAUUCACAACUCACCAUUUUUACAACAGCAUAUGGCCCAUGUUUUUUUCUGUGCUAAUAGUUCUCUUGGCUUCCUUAUGCGAGAUUUCACAGUUGAUUUAGUAUCUUUUUACCCAAAAGAUGAGACGGGUACCAAAAGAUACAGAGAGAGGGAAGCAAAAAAAAAAAAAGCCCCAAGUAGAAUGCCUUCAGAGAUGGUGGAACUGUGGUACCCCAUAGGCACAAAGAGUGCAACCUACAGAAACCAGGCAGAACUGAAGGCAUGAAACUGGAGUUCACAAACAUGGAUGAAUGUCACUCCCAUCAGCAAAAACACGCUUCAGAAGUUCUGCUGCUAAACCAGAAAUUGCUGAACACCAGAUUUACCCCCUCACUCAUUCACCACUUCCUCUGUGGGAUUUUAACAAUCCCAUUCCAGCAUCACUAAUGAUCUCAGUGUUCCUAACUUAGUAAGAUCAAAUAAAAAACAGGAAAGUGAAGACGACUGGUUUAGAUCCAAAACUGGUACUUCACUAAAUCAGUUCACCUCUAUGCAUGUUCUGUCGUGUCUUGUAACAUUAGAGUGUAAGUCCUUAGGACAGGAUUCCUUGUUGGGUAGCCACCAGUCACUAUGUAAAGUCAUAUACCACAAAUAAAGAUAUAUUCAUAUACCACCAAUAGAGUCACAGAGAACUUUGCCUGGCUGCCAAACUGAAAAUGUUCAGAAUUUGGCCCAUUAAUUAUUAACAAUAAAACUAGAUCUUCCUCCCUUUU